UAAAUAUGUAGUAGUGAGACCAAACAAAAAGGGGGUAGACAAUGUAAAAAGGGCAGAGUGCAGAUGUGUAUCGAGUCCGAGGCCCUGCAGUUAGCUGUGCACUGGGAUCAUCGUUAAGAUGGGAAUAUGGGCCGGGUGAGAAACAUGCUGUAUAUUGGCUUUCAUUAUUAAAUAGUAAGAGAUCUACAACACUGGAGCCAAGGCAGAACUUUAUUUAAGCCUCUUCAGCGAUGAAUGUGUCACAGAGGCUGAGCAAAGGAAGGACUCGUGAUGUAUUGUCCCCUUAGUGAUGACACCCCCAGUAUGACAGAGACAGGAAAAGCGCACACGGGGCUUCUGAAGUGUCACCUCUGGGCUCUUAUAAAGACGAAUGAGCGAGGAAAAUACACACAGUGAAUUCUCUUCUGUUAAGACGCCAGGAUUUUUUCCCCGCGCUUCUGAUAUAUGAUGCAUAUUUUAUCGGAGGUCGAUUUCAUACCGCGACAAGGGGAGGCCAGGAAGAACACGGUUGUCCAGAACACCUCCCCCCACCAAACAUGCUGUUUUUACAAGACAUUUUCAAGCAAAAGAAAAAAAACAAAACACACGUAUCGGCGAUAGUGAAACUGUAUGUUUGAAUUGCUUAUGUAAGAAUUCAUGGUAGUUUGUGUCGCUAGGAAAUUAAGAAUAUACACUAUUUUGUACAGAGUUAUACAGAAAGGAAUAUACAGAUAAGUUUAAGAGGGGAUGAUGGAAGUAUUCAAAAUCUUCAAAGACAGUGACGGUCAACCCAGCGGAACUUCUGGGUGAAACACUGACCAGUGAAACUGGCCGGACACACUGACACUGACAGGUGGAAACUACAGUAUGUGGAAGUGCGUUUAACACCGAGAACAGAAGAUGUACAACAUUCACUCCUAUACAGGAGGCGAGGUACUCAGUUCAGUAAAUGAGGAAUUCACAUUUUCACAAAAUUGCGGUUUAGAACUGAGUCCUUUUGUGCAUUCACGUUUUAUCCCGGCGAGAACUGGGAAUUCACAUUAAUACGAUUGAUACAUUUUUUUAAUGAAUAUCCCGAGAAGACAGCAGAAUGAAAAAAGACAGGAAGCGGUACCCUGAUCUGUGUUAUUCGAUGCGGUGCAAUGGACUAUAAACCACUUUGACAAAUAUUGCAUUCCCAUUUCUUCUCCGGCGGCGUGCGCUAAUUUCCCCCUUAAUCUACCAAAGCAAUUUAACACAUGAAUUCUCUGACGCAGAUCGACAAGCUUGUGCCGUUCUGCAGUCCGGCGAUGCUAUGUUCACUCUGCAUGAGCCGCUCGUAAAUAUUUGGGCGACUGACGGCAUCACCUCUGGGGCGUUACUCGACUCGACACGACCCUGUCGGUUUUAGUGUAGUUCCCACCCCGGGCUGGAUAGGGGGUAUUUGAAGGGUAGGGCGUUGCAGACGGGCUCCGACGGCCAGAACGCCAUUGGCUGUGCUUGUUGGAACGUUAAUUAAGGAGUGAAGCUGUGCAUCUGGCCGUCCCCAGGGCAGGCAGACCGCAAUCUGCGAGCAUCGAGUUCAUCGCAGUGUCAGAAAAAAUACAGACCACCGUACAGAAAAAGCAUGCGUGCGACAGACGUGCGCGUACACCGUGUCUCUAUAUGCGCACACAUGUGCGUGUGUGUGAUAAGAGUGAUGACGGGCGCAAGUGUGGCUAAGGUGUUUUCGAACUGAAUUCUCACACCUGCCCUAAAGCACCUGUCUGGGAAUCAUUCCGUAUUUGUUGGUGUGUCGAGCGACGACGAUCUUGCAGCAUUCGCAUUUAGCACCCCUCCCUACUGCAUCCGAAGAAAAUUAAAACAUCAGGACAAUUAAACUGUAUUAUCCUCAAGCAGCCGGGGGAACAGGCGGGGGCGGGGGGACGAUAAAGGGUGCGAGUGAGAUUUGUUGAGCUGCCAGAGAAAACUUACAUCAAUAAUCCUGCCAGGCUGCUCGCUCGCUCUCACAGCUGUGCGAGACCUCCGGACUUCACAGUGCGGAGUCCCGGCGAGAGGAGCAACAGCGCUGUGCCGCCGCCACCCUUCGACAACGCAGCCCCCUGCUUAAUCUCUCAUCCGCGACUCCGUCCUCCUGCCCCGUCUGGCGUCGUGAAAAAGGAGCCACAGAAUGGAAUUGUCUCUCAUGGCUGCGCAGCACUUCCCGGCUGUGAGCGGGGCCUUCCUGGACUCUCCGUACAACGGCAACACCUCCCUGCAGACCUCCACCUCCAACCUGGAAGCCAGCUUUGCCCGGCCGCCGGAGCCCGAGGAGGAGCCCAAGAUCUCCAGCGACGCCAUCUGGCUGUGGAUCGCCAUCAUCGCCACCAUCGGCAAUGUGGUGGUGGUGGCCGUGGUCUGUGCCUGUACCUUUUAAGAGCCCUUGGCCCACCCAGCCACAAACGCCACCCCUGUUUUCGUAGCUUAGACUGACUGGUCUUUCAGAGUAGCCCAGUGUGCAGAGCUUCCACCUUCUCAUCUCGUGUCUCCCCUGGACCUUGGCUUCCAUAAAGAGUCUGUCGUUCUGGGCCGAGGGGAGACGGUCAAUACAAACUUCCCAGGGAAGAUGCCCCACUAACCAUUGCCUACAAAAGGCUUUGGUAUAAAUUAAAUAUGAAUGAUUCAUUUCAGAGUCUUAUUCCUUCGUCGUGAGCAAUAGGUGCAAUGUAUCCGAUGCCGACCUGGUGUGAAAAAGAACGAUUCAGUGCUCUGACCCCACGGAAACUGUCAGUGAAGGUCGUUUUUAGAAAGCGGGAUAUCCGAAGGCCUCACGUUGUUAGCGUGAGUGCAAAUCUCAGCGACGUACUGUAUCUGACACUUCGACUUUGCAGCUGCGGAGAGGAUUAGCCUUGAAAUCCUCUUAACACAAUUCGCCAAUUACAAAAAAAAAACACAUUCCAAAGUCUGAUUUGGCAUUAGCUAGCAUUAAGAAACAUAUAACGCCGGGUAAGAAGCCUGGAAGCUAGGAACCUUCAGAGCGAAUACAAUUAAAAGGGUUUCCAGAGCAAGCACAGUGGCAGACUUUUUCUUUCUUGAAGGCAAGAAUCUAUUGGAGUACAUUCGCAGAUGUUUGUAAGUUGAAAUCUAAUAUAAUCCGAGGGGGGAAAAAACAAGACAGGAAUUCUUUCGAACAUAAAAAGUCUAUAGUUUCUGGCAUGUGGUAUUUUUAAGACCUUUAGCGAUUUCAAGAUUAUGUUUUUAAAUCGGGGCAAGAGGCUUUGGGACUUUGCUGGGCUGUUUGAGGUCGGCCAUCUCCCAAAGCCUUUUGCUGUCCUGGGUGGAGCUGUGGGCUUUCUAAGGGCUCUGGAAAGGCACAGGCACCCACUGGCCUGGGCACACGAUGGUACCCACCCUCUGCCUUGGCACACAAAGGGCAGUGACUCAGGACAGCAGUACCCUUCCAAUGCCCUUCACGGACACUGGACUGAUGGCAGUCCAGUAAAUGCAGAUUCUGUGGCUCUCUCAGAAGGACGAACUGAGCAAGAGGGGAGAAAGGCCUCGAAAAAUUCAUUCGAGGCCUCAGAGUGGUCUGCUUUAAAAAACACUGUAUACGCUUCCUCUGCGUGAAUCGCUCUUUUCUGAGGGAAUCUCUGCAGCUUUGCUGACUGAUUUUACAUUUCCCCAUCUCUUCGUAAGCGGACUUUUGCCCUUUCUGCUCCUGUAGUUCAGCUUGGCAAGAGUGAUGCCACUUGUCCUUGUCACAGUCUGCUAGUUCGGUGUGCAGUCUGCUAAUUUCCACCUCCUCGACACUCUUCUACACCAGAGGGCAAAAGGAGAACAGGAUGUGACCAAGCAGCAGAAAUGUAGAAGCAGCAGAGAUGAGAAUGGUCUAUUCUAGGAGUGAGCUGUGUUUUUUUUCUAACUGAGAGAGGAAGAGAUUGAGACUGCAGGAGCACACUCAUCUGCGACAGGUGUAGCUAACCCCUACAUGUAGUUUACCCCUCUCAGCCCCAGGGCGGAGGUAAACCUGCCUUCACACAUUGUGAAGCAUGAACUGUUCUCCCCCGUGUGCUCAGCCGCUGUCCUGGUUUUGCUCUGCUUGGCUUUGCUCUUAAUUUCCCACUUAGUUGACCAGAUCUUGGCAAGGGGGUUCUGAGCGCUUCCAAGCUGCAAGGAGCUUCUGCACACAAAUAAAAUCGCCAUUUAGUAGGGAGACACUAAGAUUUCCAUUGCAUUUGAUUUGAUAAACAUCAAACACAAAUACAUAGCCCACAAACUUUGCCCUGAAGGGCCUGCUUAACAAACAUCUGGAUAAUAUUAAGCACAGAUGUUACCUUUUUUAUUUUAAUAGCAUGAAAGACAAGACGCAAGAGAGCCACAGUGGCUGAGGGCAGAGCUUGAGUUCACAGUAUUGUGCAGCUCCUUUUAGAUCCUGCAGACCACAUCCCUGGAGAAAUUCUGUGCAAGUGGAAAACAAGACCCCUGUUCACUGGCCCCAUAAUAUCAGAAACGGACUCUCUCUUCAAACCCUUGGGUUCUGAUUUUUCAUGGGUAGUGUGACAUGUUUGUGCAGAAACUGCCAGCGCUUCCUGAUUAAUUUGAGAAAUGACCACCUUUUGUUAGCUGGCCUGCUUCAUGAGGGAUCUGUGAGUUUUGCCACACAGCUGAAAAACAAUCUGAGCUCAAUGUUUCAUCCUUGGGCAGAACAGAAGAGAGAGAGAGAAAGCAUUCCUGUCUCCUCCGUUUAUUGUGUUGUUUGCUUGUGUUUUUUUAGCCUCUGAAGAUGAACUCUUGUCCGCUGAAGGGCACCGGAGGGUACAGCCCAUUUAGAAAUGCGCUCGAGUGGAACCGCUCAAGACCAGAACACUUCUUGUGGGGAUUGUAGGGCAUGAGCUACAGAGGUCACAGGUUCGAUGAUCUUAUUCACACAAAGCAUGAGCUGACAGCACGUGAGCAGAGUGCUCCGGUAGAGAGAUCAAACCCCUGCGUUCUAAAACGCCAGAAUAAAAUAUCCAGAUGUUCCUGAAGAACAGCAGAAGACUGUCCCAUUGCAAGCGCAAUGUUUCAAAACUCUGAGUUUAGGGUUUUUUUCUAUUCAUGAGACACGGAUGAGGAACAGAUGGGCAGCUGUGUUUUGCAUGCUGGAAGAAACAUCAGUAGCAGCCGGAUAAGCACUUCAUCUUCACCUUUGGCUUUUGCACAUAUAGCAGUAGCAGGGUCCUUCAGAAGCCAAUCAGUGCUGAAUACUGGACAGGAGACUGCUGUGGGCAGCCUGGAGCUGGGCUCUGGGUUGACAGAACUGUUCAUCUGGACACUGGGACCCUGACAGGGAAGGUGCUCGGAAAUGUACAGGUACUCAGCAGCCAGUGGUGGAAUUUGCUAUCAACAGAGGUUUUGGCCUGCAUGUCACCCUCCAUCCUUGUGGAGCUGUUUCCUUAAGCUCGUUCCCUGUGGUUCUGAGUAGAAAGUGGUUAUUUUGUGCAGUGAAAGUGAAAUUGUCUUCAAACCACAGACACAUAUUUAUAUCUACAUUUUGUGAAAAAAAAUGAAUACUUUUGUUUCAGUGUCUUUUAUUUGGUGAUUUACUUAUUUUUGCCUUGAUGGCGUCUUGAACUGCUCUAAUGUUUUUAAAGUAUUUUAGGCUGAUUUGCUUACGACAAGAGCAGAUGAUUCUCUAAUUGGGUGAAAAGCAUGCUAACACAUACAGUAGCUGCCAUUUAACAUCACCUUUUACACUCAAGACACGGACAGCUUCUUAACAUGUUGUAAAUAGCAAAUUACAUAAUACAUUUACACAUUUUCAUAAGGCACUAAGUAAUAGUUUUAUUUUAUCUGUUGUGGGUUUCAUUAAUAUUGUGAUUGGAUUAUUUGGACUAAGUUUUACUUGUGUUUCAUCAGUAAAACAACGUUAAUUUGCAAGUCAAACUUCCAGCACUGACAUUGGACAGGGCUGUACUGAAAAGUUAAAACUAUAAAGCACAUUUGUACAAGCUUAUUUUUUUAAAUGCAGUGAAGUUAAAUAACCGGCACAGACUUAUUAAUGUGAGGCCCAAUGAAUUAUAGGAAAGUGGGAAAGCAUUUAUUUUAGAACAGCAUCCAAGUUCAAUAACAUGAGUGGGGCUUUUUUACAUGUUAAGCUUUGUACUAUUGUGAGGAUUCUAAAUGCUUAUAUUUUGAAUUACACGUAAUUACUAGGAAGUGAAAAUCAGUUUAAAGUGCUUUACAAAUAUGCUUAAUUACAAUCAAAUGAAAAAUUAAAUAAACAUUUUUUUUCUUUUAAUGUAUAGAAGACAUAUCUUUAUGGAACAUCUUUGAAUACAAAUAAAACGUAAAAGU